CUGAUAGACGGCACUGACUGGCAUCACUGCUGGGCACUGACUGGCGGCACUGACUGGCACAACCCCUGGGCACUGACUGGUGGCACUGACUGGCAGCACUGCUGGGCUGCACUGGUGGGUGGCACUGGUGGGCAGCACUGGUGGGUGGGCACAGGUGGGUGGCACUGGUGGGCACAGGUGGGCGGAACUUGCGGGUGGCAUUGCUGGGCACCGAUCAUCAGGGCACUGAUCAUCAGUGCCCUGAUGAUCGGUGCCGAUCCCCGCUCUGACAACUGCCGGUUCUUGGCAGUACUUUCCUCACGAUCUGACAGCGUGAGGAAAGUGCAGCCGAGAACCUGCACUUGC